AUGGCUGCGACAACAGAGGAGGAGGGCUUGCCACAGUCUCGAGGCUCCUACAGCCCAUCCGAAAUCGAACGCUUAGGACGCGAAAGGCCUGAGGUCUUUACUUCAAUAUGGAUGGAGCUGGGCUUUUGCUUCGCUCUCCUCGGGUCCAUGUUCGUGGCGGAAUACUUCAUUUCUGGCUUUAAUAUUCUCUUACCAGAGCUUACCACAGCUCUCGACAUUCCUUCCAACGCACAAACAUGGCCCGCUAGCGUAUUCUCGCUGGUCACGGGCGCCUUCUUACUACCAUUGGGACGACUAGCCGACAUGUUUGGAGGCUACAUCGUCUUCUGUUCUGGUCUGGUCUGGUUCUUGGUCUGGAGCAUCAUCGCUGGCUUCAGUCAGAACUACGUUAUGCUCAUUGUAUGCCGAGCACUCCAAGGCUUCGGACCAGCUGCAUUCCUACCUUCUGGCAUCAUGUUACUCGGUAGCAUUUACCGCCCUGGGCCCCGCAAAAACCUGGUCUUCAGUUUGUACGGCGCCUUCGCCCCCGUGGGAUUUUUCACUGGCAUCUUCUUUGCAGGUGUCUCAGCCCAAGUGAUUAACUGGGGCUGGUUCUUCUGGAUUGGGGCCAUCAUCCUUGCGAUUGUCGCAGUAGUAUCGUACUUCUGCGUCCCGAACCGAGAGGAAGAUCGACCCGACCAGACGAUCAAAAUGGACUGGUUGGGCACGGCAACGGUCAUUCCAGGCCUGGUGCUCAUCAUUUUCGCUCUCACUGAUGGCAGUCACGCUCCACAGGGAUGGGCUACGCCAUAUAUUCCUGUUACAUUCGCCAUCGGCUGCCUCUUCAUUGCCGCCUUCGUGUACAUCGAGGGCUGGGUCGCAGAACAGCCUCUUCUCCCUGGCGACAUGUUCGAAGUCAAGGGUAUGAAGCCACUUGCGCUCGCCCUGUUCUUCCAGUACGGAACUUUCGGUAUCUUCCUCUUCUAUGCCAGCUUCUACAUCGAGCAAGUCGUCGGUGCUGGACCUCUCCUUACGGCAGCAUGGUUCACACCCAUGUGCGUCGGUGGCCUGAUCCUCGCAACUGUCGGCGGUCUUGUACUUCAUUUACUGCCUGGUCGCAUAUUAUUGCUCAUAAGCGGCGCUGCAUACAUUCUCUCGACACUUCUCUUCGCCAUCCUACCCGAGUCGUUCAACUACUGGGCUUAUAUCUUCCCCGCUAUGAUCUGCGCGACACUUGGCAUCGACAUCACCUACAAUGUCAGCAAUAUCUUCAUCACCACUUCCAUGCCCAAGGCUCGGCAGGGACUCGCUGGCGCCUUCAUGAACAGUCUACUUUUCCUUGGUAUCGCGUUUUUCUUGAGUUUUGCGGAUCUUGCAGUGAGCGAGACAGAAGAUAAGGGACAGAGACAGAGUUACAAAGUCGCAUUCUGGUUGGCCACAGCUCUGUCUAGACUUGCGGCUUGA